GCCCGCCCCCCGCCGAGGCCGCUGCCCGACGCGCAGAGCGGCGCCGGCUGCCAGCGCUCGCGGCGCCGCCGGUGCGGAGGAAGGCGCGCGCCCCGGCCCCCGCCGCGCCCCCGGGGCUCCGCGGCGGCAAAUGGUGGGGCCGGACGAUGCCGGAGCUCCGGGCGGCGCAGCCGUGCUUCCCGCGGGCCGGCAGGAGGCGGCGGAGGAGGAGGCGGCGGAGGAGGAGGAGGACGGGGAGCGGGAUGGGAGCCGGGGCUCGAGCCGGCGGAGCGGCGGGCCGGGGCAGGACCGGCUGCUGCAGCGGUACCUGGCGGCGCUCGGCCCCGCCGCGGCGGCGGGUGGGAAGCGCUGCCCGGAGAAGCCCGCGAACGGAGCCGCCUGCGCCGUGGGCCCCUGCGGGAGGAUGACCAACGGGGACGUCGGCUUCCUGCUGCCGCCGCAGGAACCGCCGCCGCCCCUUCGGGCAAGACGGGAUGAGCCGGGGCCGGAGGAGGAGGAAGCGAAACUGCAGAACGGGGGCUUCCUCCCCUGCCCGGCGGGAGGCGUCCCCUCGGGAACCACCUUGGAGGAGCCGCUGAGGAGCUGCCGGCUGCGGAGCGAGGCGGAGCGGCGCGGGGGGGCGGCGGCCGAGAGCCCCUCGCCGCCCCGCAGCCCGGGGGGCGACGCCGGCAGCCGGGCGCUGGCCGCCCCCGGCGCGCAGAGCUGCCGGGACCGGGCGGAGCCCGCCGCUCUGCCCCCGGCGCCCCUCGGCUUCACGGACGUGAACCUGAACUCCCGCAACACGUACGAGGUGAGCCGCCGCCGCAGCGCCCCGGAGCACCUGCCCCACGGAGGGACCGCGGCCGCCGAGCCGGCACCGCCGCCGCAGGAGCCCGCGGAGAGGGCCCGGCACCGGGUGGGCAUCGCCGGCGCCGGCAGCAGCUUCGCUGAGUUCUUCACCAGAAACUUUUUCACUAAAAGGACAAAGGAACUCAAACCUGCUGUCCAAAGUGCUCCUGGUUGGAAGUUGUUUGGAAAAGUCCCACCCAGGGAAAACCUUCCAAAAGAUUCCAAAAUUAUUCAGCAGGAUGACAGUUCUGGCAGUCUUGCGUCAAUAUCUGCUCUCAGUCUAUUAAACGCAGGGGAAUAUGAAGCACGGACAGGAAGAAUGUAUAAACCUCCACCCCCAUCAGCAAGACGUAAAAAUAUUGAGUUUGAACCACUUUCAACUACUGCUUUGAUUCUGGAGGAUCGACCAGCAAAUCUUCCUGCCAAAUCGGUGGAGGAGGCUUUACGUCAUCGACAAGAAUAUGACGAGAUGGUGGCAGAAGCAAAAAAACGAGAAAUUAAAGAAGCACAUAAAAGGAAAAAAAUAAUGAGAGAGCGUUUCAAGCAAGAAGAGAAUAUCGCUAGUGCUAUGGUGAUUUGGGUCAAUGAAAUACUACCUAACUGGGAAGGCAUGCGUGCUACCCGAAGAGUUCGAGAGCUGUGGUGGCAGGGAUUGCCCCCAAGUGUACGUGGGAAGGUUUGGAGUCUAGCAGUGGGAAAUGAAUUAAACAUCACUCCUGAACUUUAUGAAAUCUUCUUGUCGAGAGCUAAGGAACGAUGGAAAAGCUUCAGUGAGACAAGUUCUGAGAAUGACAUAGAAGAUGCAGGUGCAUCUGUUGCUGAUCGUGAGGCCAGUCUGGAGCUAAUUAAGUUGGAUAUAUCACGCACAUUUCCAUCCCUCUAUAUUUUCCAGAAGGGUGGUCCUUAUCAUGAUCUCCUGCAUAGUGUUUUAGGAGCAUAUACAUGUUACAGACCAGAUGUGGGAUAUGUACAAGGGAUGUCCUUCAUUGCUGCUGUGCUCAUUCUCAAUCUGGAGGAGGCAGAUGCCUUCAUUGCCUUUGCUAACCUUCUAAACAAGCCAUGCCAGCUGGCCUUUUUCCGUGUGGAUCACAGCAUGAUGCUGAAAUACUUUGCAGCCUUUGAAGUGUUUUUUGAAGAAAAUCUUCCUAAAUUGUUUCUUCAUUUCAAAUCAUACAGUCUUACUCCAGACAUAUAUUUGAUAGACUGGAUUUUUACACUCUACAGCAAGUCAUUACCACUUGAUCUAGCCUGUCGUGUCUGGGAUGUUUUCUGCAGAGAUGGAGAAGAAUUUUUGUUUAGGACAGGAUUAGGAAUCCUUCGGUUAUAUGAAGAUAUUCUCCUACAGAUGGACUUCAUUCAUAUAGCACAGUUUCUAACAAAACUUCCAGAAGAUAUUACAUCAGAAAAGCUUUUUAGUUGUAUUGCAGCUAUUCAGAUGCAGAAUAGUAACAAAAAAUGGGCACAGGUGUUUGCCUCACUGAUGAAGGACAACAAAGAAGGGGACAAGAACCAUAGCCCAGCACCGAAAAGCUAAUGUUGAGGUCUGUUGGAAAUAUGGAAAACCACUUGAUGACAAAGAAGUCUUCACAUCACUUCUAUGUGGAAUAAGCACUAUAGAAAAUGUGAAAAUGAAAUGGAAAAAAGACACAGCUCUCAGUGGAGUUAUGAACUGAUGAAAUCUUCACCCUUUUGCCAGUAUUAGUUUUUGCCGUGGGAAGAUCUGAUUUCACACAGAAUACUAAAACCUAUGAAACUGAGAAGCGGGGAGUUCAUAUUUAAUACUUUAAAAGAAUCAGCUCAAUGCAAUAAACAUUUGUAAUAACUUCUGUUGGUACUUUAAACAAAUUUUUGAGGCAUAACUGUUUUUACAAAUACCACAAAGGCACUUUUUGGAGGGGAUGAGGGAAAUGCUAAAUCUUAGGGCCCCAAAACUGCUAUCCAAACCAAAUGCUUUGGUACAAACAUUACCUCCAAAAUUAACAAAUUGCAAGUAUUGAGGACCAAAUAAGGUGGUUUGGUAUGUUUAUGUGCAAGGUGGUUAAGAUUUGGGAAGGUGUAUUGUCUUAUUUACUUGUUUGGUUUUUUUAAGUUGCAGCUUCAUUCUUCAGUCUGGGCAAAUGUAAUUAACUCAGGAACUGUAGACGUAUUGUGCCCAAACCUAGAGCAAAAAUAAUUUGAAUUCUGGUAAGAACAGGGCUGCUAUUUUCACUGUACAGCUUUCAAAGCAAGUGGUGUUUAAGCAUUUGUUUUGGUGUAUUGGUUGUGGAGUAAAUGGAGUGGGUAUUCUGUGAAAGGGUUUUGCCACCAGAAGGUUUUUAUUGUCGAGCCAUUUCCAACUAAAAAAAUACUUGUAUGUAAUGGUGAACACUAGAAAAUGACAAGGCUGUCUAAAGGCUUUUGUGUUCUCAAAGUAGCCACUUUUAACACUUGGAAAUAAUGCAGACACAGAAUUGUUUUUGAAACUGUCUUUUUAUUAGUGUGCAAUACUGAAAUCCAAAAAGCAUCUGGUUUAGUGAUACUUAAUUCUUUAACAUCUUUUAACUGUGAGACAUAAAGUCAUACUGUAUGUGUCACGGCAGAUAUUUUCAAACAUUUCGUGUUCUUGAAGAUGCUGUAUAACAACCUGUGGUUGUAGGGGACAGAAAUUUAAAAUGGAUAGCACUGCAGGUGAGGAACACUUGCACUCUUCUUGAUCCAUUUUUUGCUAAUAUUUAAUGUAAAUAAAUUCCUUACAUGUGGGUUUUUGUAACUGGUCCCUCUGGAAAUCAAGUAAAAAUUACCAUUAUGUAUUUUUAAGUGCAGGAGGCUUCCAGUUGUCUGGUGUUUUAAAAGCAGAGUCUGCAUAAUCGGGGUAAAGAUUUAGUGUGGUGUAACUUGCGUUGCUAUCUGGUUUAAAAACUACAUAUAUGCUACUCAUAACAUUAAAAUUUGAAAUGUAAAUGUCAGAUUUUUCUUAACUUAUGUAUUCACUACUUUAAUUGGAUCCAAUUUGUCUUAUAUUUUUGUGUUAUCUUGUACAGUUUUCUUACUUUUCAACUAUAAAUCUGUAUAUAACUGUAAAUAGAAGGAUCAAGCCUUCCUUUAAGACCACUAGUAACAAUUCCUGUGUAAAUAAAACUUACAGCAGA